AGUUCGAUUCCCGGUGGGGAAGCAAAAAAAGAAAUGUCUCCGUCUGGCAGGACACAGAAGGCUGAUCACCUACUCGUCCAUAAAGAAAAUUGAUCAGUAAAACAGAUGUAUAUCGUCUGCCCUAUAUCCCAGUAUAUACACGGUACUUCACUUUUUUUCAAUCUUACUGCGACAUUUAUAAAUAUAGUAAAGAUUGGAUGAUGACUGAUGGCUAGACCUGUAUGACAUCACAAACUUAUUGGCACUUAAUAACAUCUAUAAAACAUUUAUAAUUUCACAAAGUUCUAAUUAGUAACAACAUACCUGUAACGAACAAGUAUGAUGUACGUGCUCUUUUAAAUUACAUGAAACAAUUUCUUUCAAUAAUUAUGUUUUUGUUGCGACCAUUGUUUCUUACCCACAUUUAAAUGUGCAUAUGAUUGCAUUGAUACUCAUUGAAUAUAGUAGGUAUAAGUUAUUGAAAAGAAGAGUCAUUUUGACACAAUGAUACUGUUGUCACAAUAGAUCGAAAAAUCAACAUGUGAAAAGAAUUUUAUGAUGAGAUGUUGGAUAGCUGUGAUCUUUAUUGGUUUGCAAAUUGUGACGUCGAAUGGCUCAGUCAGCUAUUGCGGAUCUAGAAUGUGUGGUCACACAAAUGGCCAUACUUUUUGCAGAUAUUUGUCGGGACCAGGACCUACGUGCUUAGGUUUCAUGCAAGCUCCUCUAACAAUAGAAGACAAGGUGCGUAUCAUGGCCCGUCUUAAUCGUAGACGGAGUGAUAUCGCGAUGGGGUUGAAUGAUUGGCCCCCUGCUGCAGAUAUGCUCAAAUUACGUUGGGUUGAUGAAUUGUCGCGGGAAGCGCAGCUGUGGGCCGACCAGUGUAGACCCCCGAGCCACGUUGAAGAGCAUGAUGCUUGCCGAGAUCUUUAUUCUAUCUCAGUAGGACAGUGUGUGGCGUCAAUAGUGGGCGAAGCGCCGGGACUCCGGCCGGAGACGAUGGUCGACAUUUGGUACAUGCAACGCAUAUCAUAUGAAGGAAACUUUACUUCUUAUAUCCCGUCUUCAGAUAACUAUUAUGGCGAUUUUGCUCAAAUGAUUUGGUCACGCACGUAUAUGGUUGGAUGUGGAAGAAGUAGAUUUAUGGCUCUAUGGCGUGGUCGCAUUCGAAGUGUAGAACGUUUAGUAUGUAACUUUGCACCUAGAGGCCCCAUACCCACCCGAGCGCUGUGGACGCCUGGCGCGCCGGCCUCAAUGUGUCCUUCAAGAUCCCGACCUGAUCCUGAUGUGCCUGGACUUUGUACUUUCCUAAAUGAAAUUAAAAUGCCCGAAGGUACAGGUGAGGACAUGGGUGUAGAAGAACACUUGCUUUUAAAUACUGUUCUUGAAUUAGAAAAUAACGAUACUUUAAAUUAUAUGGGAAGUUUAGACGAGCACUACCUAAAGACAGUAGCUAUGGCCACCAUUGAUUAUCUGUUUACAUCUGAAAUAUAUUAUAACAAUAACUUGUAUAAAAGAGAGGCUAUGGAGAAUACAUUGUACGAUGAAAAUGCUACACAUUUAAAUAAAGAAGGAACAAGUAUAGUACCGGAUUCAACGCCUAGUCAGAAUAAAAUUACAAUAAAAAAGAAAGUGAGUUUGGUUGGACGUCCAAAACCGUAUAAUUUAGAAGAAUUAGAUGAUCCAACCAUACCGAAAUUAAAAAGAAAUGAAAUCGUUGAAGACACUACAGAAAAAUGGGAUCUCUAUGCUGAUUUUGAUUAUAAGGAACUAGAUAAUUAUGGAAUAACAAUGAACACUUUAGCAUCGAAUAAUACAUCCACUGGUCAUGAAGUACAAGAACUUGAUAGUCAUAUAGAUGCCUCCCUAGGAAUAAAUACAUUUCAAAAUACAGAAAAAUAUGGAACGCCUGAGAUUGAAUUAAGAUCUAAUUUCUCAAUGACACUUAAUGUAUCAAAUCCUAUAUCAUACGAAACAACGAAAGAUUAUCUAGAUGAUUAUCUUUCAGAUCCGGAGACAUUUCGACAGUUGCAAGAAGCAUUAGAGCGUAUGGAGAACAAUUUGGCUGAUCCAGCAACCGUCGUAGGGAAGGUCCGGCGCGAAAUAAGAACUCAACAGCCCGACUCUAACGCCACCCAACCAAGAAGAAUUAGCAAACAACAGUCUGAAGAAUUAUUGGCAGAGAUAGAAAGAAAUAAAACAAGACAAAGAGGUCCCAUGCUGAAUAUGGUAUUAAAGUAUUUGCCAUAUUUGAAGCCGUAUGAAAAUACUAUUCUCGGAGAAGACUCACCAAAUAACGCCGAACGAAUUAUGCCCUCAAUUAUUUUGCUUUUAGUUUUGUGUAUGUGA